GGCUUCCGUAGGAUAGUCUCAAGCGGGCUUCCGUAGUUACGCACUGUGGACUACAGUGCCUGUACGCUUUUGUUUCCUCUUUUACGAGGGAUCUCAUGAUGGGAGAUAUGCGACAGUCAUUGCUGCGUCGAGAUGCACUGAGUGCUGCUAAAGAGGUGCUGUACCACCUGGAUAUCUACCUGUCUGGACAGGUACAGAAUAGUCCCUCCCCUUCGGUGGACACGCCCACUCUGGAACUAGUGGAGGAAUUCAUACUGCACAGGAGGAUGAGUGCUUUACAGGAGCUGCAGCUGUUGGAGAUCAUGUGCAGCUGUUUUCAGGAACAAAGUAGGGAUGCUGUGAGACAACUCAUCUUCUCUGCCCUGUUCACACUACAAGGUAACCAGGCAGAUGAGAGUCGCAUGGCAUUGCUAGGAAAGCUAGUUUCCAUGGCAAUCGCUGUUGGCAGGGUCCCCAUUCUGGAGUGUGCUGCUACCUGGUUGCAGCGAUCCCAUACAGUCUAUUGUGUGAGACUAGCCAGUGGAUUGGUAGAUGACUACUGCUCUCUACUUCCUGGUUCCAUGGUUCCGACCCUGAACAACAUCAGCUCUUCCUCGCCUCAGUUCUGCUGCCAGUUCAUUACUGCGGUCACCACCCUUUAUGACCUGUCUACAGAAGAGUUGAGUCCCCCAGUAGAGCUGUUACAAAUGGUGGUGUCAUGGAUCCAAGAUGAUCCUCGGUUGGUCCUCGUCACAUUGCUGAACACUCCUGCCUCAUCCAGCCAACCAAUGGGCUCCCUGGACCUCACACCGCUGGCUGGACUGGUGUGCUGGUGUGUCAAAUCCCCAUUGGCUUACAGGAGAGACAGGAAGCAGGGCUUGUCCAAUGGGAUGCCAGAUACCAAGCCAGAGGCAGGGCCUCUGUUCUCUGCGCUACAUCUAAGUGUUCUGCAGGUACUACUCCUCCUCCCGGGUGUGCUGAGAGAGAAGGGACUUCUGGGUCGUCUGGCAUUGAUGCAACCUGAACAGCUGACAUCGUUGAUCUCUGACCUCUCACGUCUUCUGGAGGAGCUGAACCCUCUCCAGGGUGACACACAAACACACACCCAGCUCACACUGGAAAGGCUAGCCCAGGCUCUGCAGGUCGCCAUGGCAGCAGGGGCAUUGCUCUGCUCUCGAGAGGACCUGAGAGCUCUCUGUUCCCACCUCCCACACAACAACUUGCUCCAGCUUGUGCUGUCUGGACCAGUGCAACAGAGUGCCUUCUACCCACAUGUCAACACCCCUCCUCUGGGCUACAGCCCCCGCCCCCUGGGACCUCACCUUUCUGCUCACUCUCCUCACCCCACUUCUCGUUCUCCUCACCCCUCCUCCUAUCCCUCAUAUCCUUCUCAGCCUUUCAUUGCAGGCAUGGCCUUCCCUUUUCGCCCCAGCCAUUAAAGAGACAGAGGGGUGUGAGGACAUGACAUAUAACAUUGGCUUUUUGAAUUGGAUUAUUUGGAUGAAUGUUUGUCAAAUAAAUAUUUUUUACUAUGUU